UAUAAAAUAAGUAGAGCCUCAAACAAGGGCUGGUAGCUUCCCCAACUUCUUGCAAGGGCUGUUAGUUUCCACAACUUCUUUAUCGAUCAAAAAUAAAGUAAAAAUAAAACAUAUGGAUCCUCAAACAGGGGCUGGUAGCUUUCUUUUGUGGUGAAGGUUACCAAUUUCAUUCCUUCCUCUCUAUAUAAAUUAAAAGGCCAACAGCUGAAAAAUAAUAUAGUUCAGCUCUGACCGUGGUAAGGGAAUUUAUCAAGAUGAUGUUGAAGUUGUUGAUCCUGUUUACGUUUGCUUUGACAAGUUCAUUAGUUAUCUCUGAUUCCUCUAACGGGUUACUGAGAAUUGGUCUAAAGAAGAGACAAUUGGAUUUGAACAGUCAUAUUGCUGCAAGAAUUUUAAGGGCUAAGGUUACCAAUGUACAUCAGAAAAGAUUAGGUGAUUCAGAUGGGGAUAUAGUGGCUUUGAAGAACUUUUUGGAUGCUCAAUACUAUGGGGAGAUUAGUAUAGGUACACCGCCGCAAACAUUCACUGUUAUCUUUGAUACCGGCAGUUCAAACCUAUGGGUUCCGUCGUCUAAAUGUUAUUUUUCUAUUGCUUGUUACCUUCAUCCAAGGUACAAAGCAAGUCAGUCGUGCACGUAUAAGAAAAAUGGAACACACUGUGCGAUAAGGUAUGGUUCCGGAUCGAUUUCUGGCUUCUUUAGUGAAGACGAUGUGAAAGUUGGGGAUCUCGUCGUUAAAGAUCAAAGUUUCAUCGAGGCUACACAAGAAGGAUCUCUAAGUUUUAUACUGGCGCAGUUUGAUGGAAUACUUGGCCUUGGGUUUCAAGAAAUUUCAGUUGGAAAUGCAGUACCAGUCUGGUACAACAUGGUUGCUCAAGGUCUAGUAAGUGAAGAAAUCUUCUCAUUUUGGUUAAACCGAGAUGCCAAGGCCAAGGAUGGAGGCGAAAUAGUUUUUGGAGGUGUAGACCCAAAGCACUACAAGGGUUGUCACACUUAUGUACCAAUUACUGAAAAAGGAUACUGGCAGUUUGAAAUGGGAGACAUUCUCAUUGGAAAUCAUUCAACAGGUUUUUGCAAGGCUGGUUGUUCUGCUAUAGCUGAUUCUGGGACAUCUUUGCUCGCUGGUCCAUCUGCUAUAGUGACUGAAAUCAACAAUGCAAUUGGAGCAAAAGGAAUUCUGAGCAGCGAAUGUAAAGACGUUGCUUCUCAACAUGGGGAUAUGAUAUGGGAACUCUUAGUGACAGGGACACAACCCAACCAAGUAUGUUCAUCGGUCGGGCUAUGUUUAGCAACCGGUGCUCAAACUGGUAUUGAAACAGUAGUUGAAAAGGAGAACAGAAAGAAACAAACAGCAGGCGAUGAUACUAGGUGUGCAGCAUGUGAGUUGGCUGUGGCCUGGAUUAGGAAGGAGCAUACGCUGAACAAAACAAAGGAGCAACUGCUCAGUUAUGUAAAUCACCUUUGUGAGAGCCUGCAAAGUCCCAUAUCUUUUGUCGACUGCAAGAAAAUUUCGAGCAUGCCAGAUGUUUCCUUCACUAUAGGGGAUAAAUCCUUCGUCCUAACUCCUGAACAGUACAUUCUGAAAAUAGGUGAAGGUAGCUCAACAAUCUGCCUCAGCGGGUUUAUGGGUUUCGACCUUCCUCCUCCUCGUGGUCCUCUUUGGAUUCUAGGAGAUGUAUUUAUGGGAGUAUAUCACACAGUAUUCGACUAUGGUAAUCUCAAGAUUGGAUUUGCAGAAGCCGCAUAACAAAAUGACUAUCUAAAUGUAUUUGUGAUUGGUGUGAGUUGAAGUUAUGGUUAAUAAAUAUGUUAUAGAUUUACUACCACCUAGAUCUGAGAAUCUUAAAACUACAAUAAUAUUGCUUGUACUAGUACUAGAUGUAAUUGUGCAAGCACUCCAGACUGCAUGCGAACAUCCUAAGUAAAUAUUCUAAGAUCUCAGAUGUUUUUCUAAAUUUUGCUAGUUCUAUUCUAAA